AUGUCGUUCGUCAUCAGAAGACAAUUGUCCACCUUAAUCCCACCAAAGAUUGCUUCUGCCAAGAACCUUGGCUCGAACCCCAACGCCAAGAGAAUGGCUGAGGUUGUCUCCUUCUACAAGAAGUUGCCAACUGGACCAGCUCCAGCUGCAACCAAGCCAACCAACCCAAUUGCCAGAUACAGAGCUGCCUUCUUUGACGGAGACAAUGCUUCCGGUAAGCCAUUGAUACACUUGGUUCUUGCCGUAGUUAUUUUGGGUUACACCUGGGAAUACCAGUCCCACUUGAAGCACCACAAGCACUAG